CCUAAAUCAGCCGCCCUAGCAAUCCCAUUCAUAAUUUCCGAUAGCGUAUUUUGUUUCUACUGAUAUCUACUUUGAAUUUAUUUAUUUCUUCUAGAAGAAAAUGGAUACAUCGAAUCCGGCGGCUUUUGUCAACGCGGAGUUGCUGCGGAUGUAUGUAGGCCGUAGGGUUCGCGCAGUGAUUCAGGUGCUCAGAAACGACGGCGGCUCAAUUUUUGGAAAAUCGACCAAUGAGCAGGAAUUGGUUAUCAAGGGGCACCCCCCUAACCCCCCCACGACUUUUGUUGAGGUUAUCGGCAUCGCUGACAGCAAUCGAUCUAUUCAGGCUGAGAUUUGGACUAACUUUGGUGACAAUUUCGAUGUCUCAAGCUACAAUACUGUUUGUCAACUUGCAAAUGGGGAUUUCAAACACCUGUUCAUCUAAGCUGUUAUCUUGUCUGCAGCCGUAAAGAUUGAAUCUGCAUUUACAUCUCACAAGUAGGGCAGUUCUUGACUUCGUGACUGAAUGUUGUGGUCUGUUUUUUUGAUAUCUACAUAGAAGAAUUCGAAUCUUUUAAGCCUUCUUGUGUUGUUAGCUACUUUCUAACGCAUGUUCUGUUUGAAUGUUGCUUGAUAUAUCAACCCAGAAAUCUCAUUAAUA